AUGAACCCUGAAUACGAUUACCUGUUCAAGCUUUUGCUUAUUGGCGACUCUGGCGUUGGCAAGUCCUGCUUGUUGCUUCGUUUUGCAGACGACACUUACACCGAGAGCUAUAUUUCCACUAUUGGUGUUGACUUUAAAAUCCGCACGAUCGAACUCGAAGGCAAGACCGUCAAGCUUCAAAUCUGGGAUACAGCUGGUCAAGAACGUUUCCGCACGAUUACAUCAUCUUAUUAUCGAGGUGCCCAUGGUAUCAUUGUUGUCUAUGAUGUGACGGAUGAAGAUACCUUCAACAACGUCAAGCAAUGGAUGCAAGAAAUCGAUCGAUAUGCUGCAGAAGGUGUGAACAAGCUGCUUGUUGGUAACAAGAAUGACAUGACUGAUAAAAAGGUGGUGGAAACGGAUCAAGCCAAGGAAUUGGCUGAAUCACUCAGUAUCCCAUUCUUGGAAACUUCAGCCAAGGACUCCAGCAAUGUUGAACAAGCUUUCUUGACUAUGGCCAAGCAAAUCAAAGAUCGAAUGGGCUCAACUAUGCAACAGCAACAACCCAAGUCAACCGUCAAGGUGGGUCAGGGUGCAGCUGUCCAACCUAAACAAUCAGGCGGCUGCUGCUAA